AUGCCUGGUCGAGAUUGGGCAGAUAGUUUUCUCACCAGACAUAAAAAUAUUUUAGCCGUUAGAAUGUGUCAGAAUAUAAAACGUUCUCGGGCAGGUGUUACUAGAAGUAAAAUCAAUUCAUAUUUUGAUAACCUUACAAAUUCACUUGAUGGUGUAUCACCAACUAACAUAUUGAAUUACGAUGAAACAAACUUAACAGAUGACCCCGAUCGUCGAAAAAUUAUAACUAAACGUGGUACAAAAUAUCCAGAAAGGGUAAUGAAUAAUAGUAAAACAUCAAAUUCUGUCAUGUUUGCUGGUACGGCAGAUGGUAUAUUGUUCCCACCUUUUACUGUUUAUAAGGCAAAAACAAUAUCUGACAGUUGGCGCUUAGGUGGUCCAAAAGGAUCAAGAUAUGCAUCAAGCCAAUUUGGAUGGUUUGACAGUUACUCAUUUGAUGACUGGAUUAAAAUUAUUUCUAUACCAUACUUGAAAAAUUUACCUGGGAGAAAGAUAUUAAUAGGUGACAAUUUAUCCAGUCACAUUUCAAUGGAAUCAAUUAAAGCUUUUAAAGAACAUAAUAUUUCAUUUGCUUUUUACCUGUAA